AUGAACUGGGCGUCACUUAACGUCAAAGGGGCAGGUGGUCUAGGAAAGGCAUCGCUAGUCAGGAGCCUUUUAAAAGAAAAUAAUAUUAGUUUCUUAGCACUUCAAGAAACUCAAAUGUGCAACUUGACGGAAGCAAGAAUUCGGAAGUUUUGGGAUGGAUCGACUAUGGAGUAUAUAAAAUUUGAUGCAUCAGGCAGAUCAGGUGGCAUAGUCUCGAUUUGGAACCCAGGUUUGUUCAAAAAAGAUAUGGAAAUGGUGGACCGAAAUUUUAUCAUGGUUAGAGGUGAAUUAAUUGGGGCAGGAAUAGAGAUUUCUGUGAUAAAUGUCUAUGCACAGAGUACAGGUACGGAAAGAAGACGACUGUGGAAUAGUUUAUUGUCUAUUCUUGAUGAGUUACAAGGAUUGUGUUUACUUAUUAGAGACUUCAAUGAGGUUCGGGUCCCGGAGGAUAGAUGGAACUCAAACUUCGAUAGUAACAAUGCUCUUCAUUUUAAUAAUUUUAUUGGCUCAGCAGGUCUGCUAGAAUAUCCAAUGUCAGGGAGAAGUUGGCUGGAUAUUCCUGGACUAGAAGAGGUGGUGAAAAAGGGCUUAGGCUGUCAUGGUAAUGAAAGAUUCAAGGAUCAGUUGCUUGGUUGCAAAUUAAAGGGGGUUAAAGAUGAAGCAAAAAAUGGAGAAAAGCAUGCAAAGAGGCCGAAGAAAAAGAAUUCACUGAAGCGAUCAAUCAAGUAA